AAUAUGAUUAACUGAUAACUGAUAAGAGGGAGACUGGCUGUAAGCUUGAGCUUGGAUAUGAUGGGGGUAAGCGUAUGCUCAUGGCCACCGAGUUUGCUGCCACGAUCACCACCAAGUUUGAAAAGAUUUGGGGUUUAUAGCUCUUCUUCUCCACAGUCUCUCUGUCCUACCCGCGAAACUACCUUGUCUAUAAUUCACAAUUCUGGUGUUAUUGCUUGCCUUCGCGCCAAUAGUGCAGAGCUCGCAUUUGAAGCUGCUUCUGCUGCACUGAGAGGUGGAAUCUCAGUACUGGAGAUUGUGAUGUCCACUCCAGGUGUGUUUCAGGUUUUACAACAGCUGGUGCAAGACCAUCCCACAGUGGCCUUAGGGGUUGGUACACUUCUAAAUGUGGAGGAUGCCAUGAAGGCAAAGAGUGCAGGAGCCAAAUUUCUUAUGAGUCCUGCGAUGGUGAUGGGUAUUAUGGAUGUCACCCGGGAUGGUGAAAUUCUGUACAUACCCGGUGCAAUGACACCAACAGAAAUACUAUCUGCUUAUGAUGCUGGUUCUAAAAUUGUUAAGGUCUAUCCAGUUUCUGCAUUAGGUGGUAUCCAUUUUAUUUCAGCACUGAAGAAACCAUUCCCUCACAUAUCAGUGCUUGCUUCUCAAGGCAUAAUGAUAGAUUCUGUACGUGACUAUAUAUCAUGUGGGGCAUCAUCGGUUGUUUUGUCUGAUGCCAUAUUUAAUAAAGAGGCAAUGGCUCAGAAAAAUUUCAAUGCAAUAUAUCAACUUGCAAGCCUUGCUGCUCUGCAGGGAAAAGAAGCUGUAUUACGAAAGAGGAAUUACAACCCAAAUUAAUUGCUUCAGAUGAGCAUAAAGGUUCUGUUCUGCAUUGUCUAUACCUGACCAGUUUAAAAGCAUCAGUAAGGUUUUCUGAUGGUGUGAAUGCCUUUGGACAGGGAACAGAUUACUGACUGAGAAUGGUAAAUGCACAUAAGGCGUUUACCUUUUCAUUUCAUUUGUUUUAUGAUUUUUGUUAUGCCAAAGUUUUUUUGAUAGAAAUAUUCUUGAGUUUUUGCAUGUACGGAAAAUAGAAAAUAUAAUGUGAUAGUGAAUAAUAACAUAGGGGAUGCUUUGGAUUAUAUUAGAUACAUAAAAUCAUAUAAAAAAGAACUACUUUCGAAUGCUUCAAA